AUGGAGAGUCGUGGAACAACUGGAGCUAUUGGAUUAGAUCGUACCAGUAGUUCAAAUACUAAACGGGUUCAAUAUGGCAUGCGAGACACGAAGGGUGAAAUCACCCUACCGGCCAACACAGCCGGAACCACCCAAGAGAUUAAGUUCUAUGUAAUCGAGGGAGAUACGAGAUACAAUGCCUUAUUUGGGAGACCGUGGGUCCACAACAUGAGGGCAGUAUCGUCGACCUUGCAUCAAGCGUUGAAGUUUCCAACCCUAGGUGGAAUCAAAAUGGUCUACGGGGAACAACCGGUCACAAAGGAUAUGUUCGCUAUCGAGGAAGUGAUCCCGGUGCCCGCAAUCACGACAUCAAAAAGUGAGGGACUGGUCGAAGAGAAAGGCACCAAAUAG